CAGGCAUUCAUACUCGGGCAGCGCGAGCGAGGGGGCUGGGGAGCGAGCGUCACAUUGGAAACCGGGGACCUCGCGGAUUCUCGUGCUAAACAGGCGACCUCCUUUUCUCACUACUGAAGUCCUUGCUGUCGGACUUCAAUAGCGGGACACAAGGAGGAGAGAGAGAAGGGGAAUUCAGGAGGGAAGUGAGAGCGGGUGAGUUGUGCAUCAGCAGGUAAACUGGGGUCCGAGGUGCGCGUUGAGCCGCCUGUGAUACCAACAUCACGGAUGGAAAGCACUUUCACAGUUUUACAGCGGAGACAGAGUAGAGACACACUGCCAGUUCAUAUUCUAACUUAGAGGAGGCCUAAGAGACAAAGCACACAGCAGCCAUCACUGUAGGGAUCAACAGGAACAAGGACCAGACAGGUAGAGCCGAGCAUUUAGGAGCAGGCCUUACAUCCUCUGCUCUCCUGCAGCCUUAAGAUGUCGAGAGAGGAGCAGAACCUAUCAGAGGUUGAGCUCAGUCCCGGGAUGUCGGAUGACAGCCGUUCCCUGUCACCGGGUCUCGGGGGGGCCCCCCCCCCCCGCGGCCCCCAGCCGCAGCUGGCGUGUCUGGACAGCGUGUCGGCGAGCUGCAUGUCCGGUAAAUCCGACGAUGAGGAAGACCGCUUCCACUCAGGAAUCCGUGAGGCCGUGAGCCAGGUGCUCAACUGCUACGAUUGGACCCUCGUGCCCAUGCCCGUGCGCGUGAACAGCGGAAGCAAGAACAAGCCACACGUGAAGAGGCCGAUGAACGCCUUCAUGGUGUGGGCGCAGGCGGCGCGCAGGAAACUGGCCGACCAACACCCGCACCUGCACAACGCGGAGCUCAGCAAGACCCUGGGGAAGCUGUGGAGGCUUCUCAAUGAGAGCGACAAGCGACCCUUCAUUGAGGAGGCAGAGAGGCUGAGGAAGCAGCACAAGAAGGAUUACCCAGACUACAAAUACCAGCCACGGCGCCGCAAGAACGGAAAGCUGGGUUCUGGCUCAGGAAGUGAAGCCGAUGGCCAAUCGGAGGGUGAGGUCAGCCACAGCCAGUCCCACUACAAGGGCCUCCACCUGGAUGUGGUCCACAGUGGGGGGGCCGGGUCCACUCUGGCAGAUGUGCACCACACUCAUGCUGCAGGUCAGAGCCACAGCCCCCCCACACCUCCCACCACUCCCAAAACAGUGCUGCAGUCUGGGAAAGCAGGGGAUGGAAAGAGGGAGGGCACUGGGAAUGGGGGCUCCCGUGGUACAAUGGGAGCAGAGGGAAGCUCAGGUGCUCCCGGAUCUGGGAAACCUCACAUCGACUUUGGGAAUGUGGACAUCGGUGAGAUGAGCCACGAGGUGAUGGCCAACAUGGAGCCUUUUGAUGUCAACGAGUUUGACCAGUAUCUUCCCCUAAAUGGGCAGCUGGCGGUUGGGCAGAGCGCUGGGGCAGGAGCAGCUGCAGGACCCCGCGCCACCCUGCCUCCCCAGCCAGCACCAGCCACAGCAACAUAAGGCUCCCCUCUGGGCUCAGACCCCUCCAAGGCCCAGAUCAAGAGUGAGGCCGGAGGUGCUGGGGGUCACUUCACAGAGGCAGUCUCAGUAGGUUCCCAUGUCAGCUACACCUCCCUCAGCCUUCCUCACUAUAGCUCCGCCUUCCCCUCGCUGGCCUCCAGGGCUCAGUUUGCUGAGUAUGCUGACCACCAGGCCUCCGGGUCCUACUACGCCCACUCCAGCCAGACCUCUGGACUGUACUCUGCCUUCUCUUACAUGGGGCCCACCCAGAGGCCCCUGUACACACCUAUCACUGACCCUGUACCACAGCCACACAGCCCCACGCACUGGGAACAGCCUGUCUACACAACUUUGUCACGGCCAUGACACAGAAUGAGACCAGAGGAUACUGGUGCAGGUUCAGCCCCCACGUUGGACCCAAGGAACAUGAACGUGGUCUGGGCUCGGGGGUGUGAGCAGGCACCAGGGGAGUAGACUGGGGGGGGCACGAGGAGGGGGGGUCACCCCACUCUGCUCUUGCCCAGAUGCAGAAAUACUGUCACAGCCAAAGGAUGAACUUGAAGCGUGGUGCCUUUAAAGUGCAGUUGAUUAACUGUGGGGGACACAGUGACGCCGUCAGAGUGUGUGUUACUUUGCUGGUACAAUGAAUAAACACCCACCCACCACUGCACAGGUCCAGGCCUCAUUCACGGCAGCGAAGCACAAUUAGCAGUGUUUAUAGGUGGUAGAGGAUCAGGUCCCUGUCGGUCUGGUGGCUCCAUAGGACUCCUCUGUCGUCUCUACCCCUCAGGCCAGCAGGCCCAGGAACCAGGGUACACAGUGAAAAUGAACAGCAUCUAAAUCUGUGUGUGGACCCUGCCCUGUUUUCAGAAAGGUGUGUGCCAGUUCAUUCUAUAUGAAAUGCGUCUUUACCAGGAGAACGGAGAGUGUUUGGCUGUGGCCCAUUCAUUCCUCAGGCAAGACUGACCUUUUAUCAGACAAAUUCUAGUUUUGUACUACUUUUAAAAAUCAAUACAACAAGAAAUUCUGUUGGUUUCUGAGGCACAUUCAUCCCUGUUCAAUUCAAACGAUUCUGUUGUGUUCAUGUAAGCGCCCGCUGUACACAGAGAGCAUGCACGGAAGGAACAUGCCAUAAAACCACGCUGAGUGUUGGUUCUACAUUUAGUCAAAACCCAUUUUCUCGAUGACUGGCUAUUGUCAGGAUUGCUUAAACAGUGUACUUGAAACUACAAGUAGACUAUAUUGAUGGAAACAGAUAUAAAAUAUUUGUAAAAUGACCAAAGUUUUGAGACCAAAACUUUACAUAUAGAAAAGAAACUGACAGAUGUUUCUCCCAACUCAAAACUACCUUUCAGUAUGAAACUAAUUAGUUUGCUCGUAGCCGUUGACGCUAUGUGACCUGUUGUAAGCUUCUUAAAAAUGUACUGUCAAAAGAUACUACUGCCUUUUUUAACAGUGGCACUGAUGAGUGUGUUUCGUAUCCGACUUCUUCAUGACAAAAGAGGAUUUUAUUUAUAACUGGAUGGACUGACUUCACUGAUUAUGGUCACAGUGUGUCACAAUACAUAACAGAAGCCUGUGCAUUGUUUUAACUGUUGUAUUAACACCAUCCAGUGCUUUUUGCCAUUAUUACAACCAGUGAAGUCUGCACCGCUGGUUUUUAUCAUACUGUAUAUAGAACAGUAUUCACUGUGAAAUGUUUGAUUGCAGCUGUGCUUCUUU